GACGGGGCAACAUGGCGUCUGCAGGAGCAGUGCAGCGGGAGGACGAGGGGGUGUGCGGAGAGUCGAGGUGAUAGCUUCCUGGCCCUGUGCGGGGUUCUAACGGAGAACACCCCCCUCCGCCCCGACUUCCAUCCGGGGCCUCUCGCCACAAAGCGGCCGCCCGCAAUUAUCCGUGGACAAAGGGUUCAUUUUAGGUUUAGCUGGUGACGGUUUUGUUUAGUCACGUGACCCCGGCGCAGCCAAUCCGCACGCACGUUCGGCAAGAAGGGUAGAAAUACCAGGCGGACGGGGAGCCAGGCGGCCGCCAUUGCUGCAUAUAUUUGGGGGGACGAGAAGUUCUGACAGAAGUGAUCUGAAUUUGGUUGACUUCAAAAGUAAACCAUUAAAUUUCGGAGAAACACUUUUGAUUCAUCUGAAUAGGGGCAAGCACCUUCAAGACCCAUUCAGAUGAAGGGAACCGAUUUUCAGUCACAGAAAAUCUCUCCAACAAUGUCUGCCAUGUGUGAAGGCAAACUAAAUGGCAUGUGUCAGAUCUCAGCUGCAGACAUUGUUUAAUGGGAAGAAUAACAAUAUGGAGGAGUCCCAGAUAAGUGCUGAAAGUACUGAUGCAAAUGAACGCCUGAAAGAGGACGCCAAUUUCAACUCUGACAAUGAUGUAGUGUUUAAGAAAAUUCCAGAAAGUCAGAGCUCCUUUCAGAAAAGUAGUCCAUUGACUGUGCCUGAAGAACUAUCGAGAGACAGGUCUGAAAAAGCCUUAAGCAAAGUCCAGGGUUCUUUCCUAACACGCGAUGGUGCUGCCACGGUCUCUAGUGAAAAUCGUAUCUUGCCUAAAGGAACUAUUAAUGGACCCGAUUCCCACCCCUCAAAUAAGACUUCCAAUCUGAAUACAGACAGUAUUUCUUUAACCACAGACCAAUCAGUGGGGCCGCAAAACAGUUUGUGUUCAUCUUUGAAGGUGGUUUACGAUCUUCAGCAACCUGCAAAGAACACUUUACAGAUGUCAAGUCAGCAAGUUGUAUUCUUGCUACCUGAUGUAGCACAUGCCAAGAAAGAAACUCAUUCCAUACAGAAACCUCCUACCUCCUCUACUGUUGGGUGUGAAACAUCUAAUGGGAAUAGUUUCAGACUGGAUAGCACUUUAGUAGGGCCCGUAGACGACGCGUGUAAUGACCGGAAGAUGUUACCUGAGAACGAGGUAUAUAUUCAGGCCCAAGGUUGCUCUGGGGGUGGUGAAGAUAGUUCUGUAGCAGGACAGGAAGCUAAUUUGAGUACCGAGAGAGACUUGGUAAAUAAUGGCAACACAGAAGAGACUGAAAAGAAUUGUGUUGUAAAGGUAGAGAAAAAGCGCAAAAGAAAAAUGGAUGGUAGUAAGAUAACGCGUUGCUAUUCUGAAGAUGCUUAUAAUGAUGUGAAUUACGUUUCCAAGAAAUCAAAGCUAUUAAAUUUAGAUCUCAUGGAACAGAGUGAUGAAGAGCAAGUGGUAGCUCCACACAAGUAUAAAUUAAUGAAGAUUAAGUCUGAGUCUUCUAUUGAUGAGUCGGAAGAACAUCUUCCAAAAGAAGCUAUAGAAGCUAUCAAUCAUUAUAUGUAUAAUCCAGUUUGUGGCUAUGCUGAUGAAACGUCACCCAUUCACGUCGACUCGUUCUUCCCUGGUGACGUGCAAAGUUGUGAUUCUCAAUCGCCCCCAACAUGCACUAGUGAUCAAGAGCCAUCAUUUUAUCCCUGUACCAAGUGCAAUGUGAAUUUUAGGGAGAAGAAACACCUUCAUAGGCAUAUGAUGUAUCAUUUGGAUGGUAAUAAUCACUUCCGCCACCUAAACGUUCCAAGACCGUAUGCUUGCAGGGAGUGCGGGCGAACCUUUAGAGACCGUAAUUCCCUUCUUAAACACAUGAUUAUCCACCAGGAACGCCGGCAGAAGCUGAUGGAGGAGAUUCGUGAAUUGAAAGAGCUCCAAGACGAAGGUAGAAGCGCACGGUUACAAUGUCCACAGUGUGUGUUUGGAACCAACUGCCCAAAGACUUUUGUUCAACAUGCCAAAACCCACGAGAAAGACAAGAGAUACUACUGUUGUGAAGAGUGCAACUUUAUGGCCGUUACCGAAAAUGAAUUGGAGUGUCAUAGAGGAAUCGUUCAUGGGGCAGUGGUAAAAUGCUCAGUUCUGAACGCCAAUCUCCCCCAACGUAAAUAUCAGAAAAAAACAUUGAAAAACUCUUACUUCCUUUCGUCCAAAAAACCUACAACUUAUAUUUGUAAGAUGUGUCCAUUUACCACCUAUGCCCGCAAUAUUUUAAGGAAACAUAUUGACUAUGCACAUUCGUCAUCCUCUUUGGACCAGUUUAAUGGUCCUGUUGUUGUUAAACAAGAACGUUUCUCAGAUAAUGAGAUUGUAGAUAGUGAUGCUGAGGCUAAAGAGUUUGUAAAACAGCCCCCUUCUUUUCCAAAGAAUUCUGUCUUGAAGCAGGAUAUGAAAAGACCAUAUGGCGCUCUUGGCCAGUGCAACACUUUUACAAGGCUGUACCGAAAACACAAAAUACAAAAAGCUCGGAAAAGUGCUGCCCAAUCCAUUGACUGUGGUCCAGCAAUGUCUCCAAAUAAAUCCCUGCUUUUCAGUAGCAAUGACCAAAAACAUAGGUUUUAUCCGAUGAAGCAAAAGCAUACAAAGAUAAACCACGCUUACAGAUACAGCCAAAAAUGGGAUGGCUACAAAACCAUAAAGAAAUCAAGUGAUUUGUACCCACUGAAUUUAAAAAAAGAGGAGGACGAUGAUUCAGUCAAUUCUUUACAUCUGGUUUCGAAAUCAUCCGACCUUCAAGAAGAAUGCUUAAUCAUGGAUCCCCAUAACCGCCAUCCAGGUAGGCUUGUUGGCUUCAAAGACCGGGUAGCCGUCAAAAGGGUGCGCAAAUCUGAUCUCGAAAGGCAAGUCACAGAAGAAGACAUGGACAAUUACCCUGAUUUCCUCCAGAAAGUGACUUAUGUCGUGCUCAAGAAACUUGACUCCACAGAGAAAAAUGACGAUUAUGAAACAUGGGAAAAUGGUGAGCUUUGUGAUUAUAGCACAGAAUCACAGGAUGAUACGUACAACAGUCCGCCAAAAAAGGCAGUUUACCCAAUUUUCAAGGAUAAAUCUAAAGGUAAUCACCAUGGUGAAGACAACCUAAAUUUUAACAAUGAUGAUGGCUUUUAUUUUGAGUAUUAUGACGACAUGGAGGAGGAGGAGGAGGAUUAUCUGCAUGACCUGUCUGGUGCUGAUGCAGAAAAUGCAGACUCUUCCUUGCCAAGAAAUAGCUCUAUAUUCCACUGGAGUGACCUGACUCUGGAAAAGAAGUCCUGUCCAUACUGCCCUGCAACGUUUGAAACUGGGGUUGGGUUAUCAAAUCAUGUUCGCGGACAUUUGCAUCGAGCUGGAUUAACUUACGAAGCUCGCCAUGUGGUGUCAGCAGAACAGAUAGCAACAAGUGAUAAAAUGCAGCAUUUCAAGAGAACUGGGACCCCAACAAAGCGUGUAAGAAAAGUUGUAGAGAAGUCGGAGAGUCCGUCUGAGCACACUUGCGCGCUUUGUGGAGGCUGGUUUGAUACAAAAAUUGGAUUGUCAAAUCAUGUUCGAGGUCACCUGAAAAGACUAGGCAAAAAUAAAUGGGAUGCACACAAAUCGCCCAUCUGUGUCCUGAAUGAAAUGCUGCAAAACGAGGAAAAGUACGAGCAACUCCUCAAGGUUCUUAAUAAUAGGCGCACUGUUCACAGGCCUUACUCCACUCACAAAACUUCCAGUAAUGACUCAAAGUCCAAUGCUGUACAUCUUGAAGCACACCGUAAUGGCCUAAAAACUGAAACGUUUUCUGGACAGAUGGAGGAAGGGGUCCACCUAAGUGAAUGUGAUGACGCAGGUGGACAUGGCGAGAAGGAUAAACCUGUUUCCUUAAUUGAACUACUUAAAUUGAAAAAAUCAGGUGAAGAGAAGAAUGUAGAAUCUUCUCAAAAGAUCAAUCAAACUGCAAGAAAGAGGUUCAUCCAAAAAUGCCUUCAUCCACUCAAUGAAGACUGUUCUUUGAUGUGCAAUUCCCACAGAAGCAUGGACUUCGCUUUACAGUCAGGUAUGUCUGCGAAGCACAAGACGUGUGUGAAUUGCAAUACUACAUUUUCUAGUGGCGUUAGCCUGUCUAACCAUAUGAGAGCUUAUUCAAGGAAGAAGAGCGCUGGGCUUUUGACUGGAACAGUAUUAGAUUGCAAGCAAAAAAAGUCAAGAUCGCGAUCUGGGAGUAAGAAGAAAGUAUUGCCAUUGCCACACACCACUGAGGAAGUUUAUAUCUUGAGAUGCAGGUUUUGUGGGCUUGUCUUUCGAGGACCUUUGUCUGUACAAGAAGAUUGGAUAAAGCACUUGCAACGCCACAUUGUCAAUGCAAAUCUUCCACGGACAGGAGCAGGCAUGGUUGAAGUGGAACCUUUACUAAAGAAGACCCCUUCAAUCAGUGAAACAAACUUCUCCUUAAUAAUGACAGAGGCGGCUUCCUAAGAGCAGAUGCCAUGCAAAUCAAAAUGGUUAUUUGGAUGUAUAUUAGACUAUUUUCUCUUGUUUUUUUGAAUUUUUUUCCCCCUUCCUUUUAACUUUUUUUUUUUCACCCUCUCUCCUUUUUAAAGACCACAUUGUUAUACCUGUUUAUAAUACAAAGGACAAACAAAAAUGCUGAUGUGCCGUAACGUUAGCGCGAGCUCCUGCAGACUUCACUAUCUUUACACUUUGCUUCUUGGACGAAGCACAACGUAAUCCUUGCAUAGAUGCCUUUUUUCCCCCCACUUGUUAGAAAAGCUUAGAAACACGAGUCCAUAGUCAUGAAAUCACUGAUAUGAAAAUUAUAUUUAUACGGUGCAUUUUCUACAAGAUCACGGACAAUUCCUGAUGUUGUAUCGGUUCAUCUAGGGCAUUAAGUAUUACCAUAAUCUGCAGAGUUCUGAAGACUGUUCCAUUCAACUUAGGGCACUCAGUACGUUUCUGUACAGAUAAUGUAUGUUUUUUGUUUUGUUUUUUUUUUUCGUUUUUAUUACACGAUGCUUUUGUACUAAAAAAAAAAAAAGUGGAGGGUGAAUUGUUUUACUGAUAUUUCUGCAAAGUGUAAAUAGGACUGGAAAUUAUUUGUUGUAAGGAAAAAAAACUCUUUAUUUCAGUUGCGUUUCUCACUAACUGGUGCAUCCAUGCUACCUCCUACUUUGUCAACAAAGAUGUAUUUACCCGAUGACAUUUCUUUUUAAUGUAGAAUUUCAGUAUAUAUAUAAAAAAAAAAAUUUUUUUUUUUUAAAUAGUGAUAAGUCACCUAUUCAUUUCUCUUUUUAAUGUUCUCUUACGUCAUUUCCCAUCCCUAGUAUUUUAUUAAACCAAUUUCUGUACGAGUAGUUUUUCUCACCACAGUUUUUUUUUGUUGUUUUUUUUUUUGUUUUUUCAGUUUCGCUCCGCACUUGAGCAUUUUAGCAAACCGUUUGAUAUUUCAACAUAUGAGAAUGUUUACAAUUGAAAUUUUAGAACUCGUUUUGGAUGUGAUUGUGUAUGAAACCGUGUAACACUAUGCUCGUGCUAAGGGCCUACAGAAAUAAUGAAAUAAAUGUGUCGUGAGGAUGGAAUUUUGUCAUUCACAUGCCUUUAUCCGCAAUAUACUAGGUUACUCAGAGAAAGUACUUUCAUGAUUUUAUGUCAUGUAAAUGGUUAUUUUGCUCUUAUAUUGUACCUAGAAGACCUCAAGUGUUCUAAAUGUCACCUUUAUGGAUUCUGGGAAAUGUUAGGAGCGUGUAUUGGCUGCCUUACCAACACUAAAUGAAUGAGGUGCUAACAUCACUAGAAAACUACCAAUCAUUCAUAUGUUUUAAAGGGGUAUUCGCAUCUCAGACAUUGCUGUCGUAUGCCAUCAGUGUGAGUCCUACCUUUUGGACUUGCUCCUAUCUCCAGAAUAGGAAGGAGAGCACCCAUCGCACAUCCAUUCACCUCUAUAGGACUGCCAGAAAUAGCCGAACCAGUGGUGAACAGAGUGACCAUGCAUGUGCGGCUGCUCUCUAUUCACUUUGGGGGUCCCAUUCUGCAGAUAGGUGUGGGUCCCACCUCUGGGACCUGCUCCUAUCUGACAUCGCUGGCAUAUCCUACUGAUGGGAAUACAUAUUUAUGCCUCAUUCACACGUCUGUGUUCGGUCAGUGAUUUCCCUCAGUUAUUUUCAGACAAAACCAGGUUGCGGCUCUGAACACAGGACAGGUACAGAUCUUUCCCUUAUACCUCAUCUCAGUGGAGGCUCCAAUCCUGGUUUUGGCUAAAAAUCACUGAUGGAAAUUGCUGAACAAGAUUCAGGGGCAUAGCUAA